UUCAGUCCGGUCUCAGUCCGCUCCGGGUCGGGUCUAUCUCAUCCACACCGAGCCGGUUCAUGUAAAACACGGACCCGGGACCAUGUAUGUCCGGUCGCGGUCCACAUCCGCGUGGAUUUAACUUGAGAAAAGUCCAGUGGAAUCUGCCGGCCCGUGGUUUUGCAGAGUUUGUGUACAAUGUGACCUGUUGUCUGGAUCCUGGACUUUUCCGUGGAUUAAAGCCGUGAAAAGCUGCUGGACUCCGGGUAUAAAGUUGCUCGUGGACGUGGGUUCUUUUCCGUGGACGAUGCCCGUUUCCUGACGCUCGUGCUCGUUUGGUGUUUGCGUGAAUUCAAACGGGUUGACCAUGAUUUCAGAGGAGAGAAGCGUCAAUAAACAAGCCCUGAACUUCCCCGUGGGUUUACUCAUCCGCUCCCCCAAGAAACGACUGGCCAAGCUGGGCAGGAAACCCAGCAACGGAUCCGUGCAGUCCAACACUUCGGACAGCACCGUUCGCUCUGCAGAGAGCGUUGGCGUCCGACAACCCGCCAAAAGCAAAAUCCGCCGCCAUAACAACCGGCUUUCCACCGUUUUCAACCACAGCCCCAAUCUUCGUGAUGGGGGGUGCCGCGGUCCGACUUCGGGGGGUGUGGACCUCCAGGCUGCCGAUGACCCUGCAGAGCUGUCCAGCCAGAGGUCGGUGCCCGGAAUCCUCAAGAUCUUCGGCAGCGACAUCUGUCAAGGAACCAACUACAAGAGCGUGUUGGCCACGACUCAGUCCAGCGCCAAGGAGCUGGUGAAGGAGGCGCUGGAGAGGUACUGUCUGGAGAAAGAAGACCCCAGUGACUACGUGCUCUGUGAUGUGAUUGGCCAGACCAACACAGACAACCAGUGGAAGCGGGAAUGUUUCCGAGUCGUGGGCGACAACGAGAAGCCGUUGAUGCUACAGUCGCUAUGGAAACCGAAGGAGGGUUUCUCCAGGCGUUUUGAGAUCCAGCGGCGAGCAUGUGUGGAGGAGCAGAGUCUGAAGGACCGCGACACGGUGACGGCAGGCAUCAACGCUCAGGCUCGUAAGCUGCAGAAGAGCCGUUCGCGGGUGGCGUCUCUGUUCGUGGACGGCAGCGGCGACGAUGUGGAUGGGCUGGGGAUCUGGAGGAGUCUGAGUGAGAUGGAUCUGUCAGCGAUGGGGAAGGAGGCGAACCGGGCCCGACAGAGCGCGCUCAGGGAGGACCCGGAAGCCGAGGCCGACAAGGAGGUCCUCCGUCUGGGGAUGGAGAAGGAGGAGACGGAGAGCAGCGAUGACAACACCACCCAAUACUCCAUCCACCCGCCCUUCGACUUCCCCUACUUCCUCCUCCUCCAGGGCUACAGCCACCGACAGGACUUCGUCAUCUACUUGAUGAGCGGGACCACCACCAUCUUCGGCUGCUGCAGGGAACACUGCAACGGUGAGGACGAGGAGCGGCUGAAAGUCGACAUCCUCCUCUUCGCUCCGGACGUGUUGCCACAACACUGCUGCGUCAGACGCCUGGACUUGAACGGCCCGCCCACCGCUGCCGGAGACGCCAAAAAGACCCAGACAAUGCUGAAACCCCUCCACGGGGCGCCCGUCACCAGAAAUGGGUCCCUGCUGAAGGACGAGGUGGAACUGAACCCCGGGGACCUGGUGGGUUUGGGGAAACACUACCUGUUCAUGUUUAAGGAUCCGACCAGUGCGGCGGGGCCCGUCCAGACCCCCCCGUGGAUGACCAGACUCUGUCCCAACACGGAUCCGAAGGGGGCGCCGUCUUGUUUGUCGUGUGGUUCUUCAGUUCCUGUCAAAAGGUUACCGAGGAAACCUUUACCGCCACGUUGGAGGGAUCUGGAAGGUACAGAGGCAACACUAAGCUAUAAACUGGAACAGGAGGAGCAGGUUCUGCAGAAGGUUCUGGACAUGAUGGACCCGUGUGGGAGCGAGCCUAAGCUGAGCCCUGCCUUCCUGCUCAGCCUCUGCAUCCAGCACUCGGCGUCCACAUUCGAGCUGACACACUUUAGGCAGCUGCUGCUCCGGAUCGCCAGUCAGAUCCAGCUGGUGAUGUGGGAGAAGACAAAGGACCUCGCAGCGAUUCAGCCAGAAACGAGCUCCGAUGAUCAGCCCGAUCCACUGCAGCUGCUCAGCACCGACGAGCUGAUCCCAGGUCUGCAGCCGCUGGUAUUCUGGAUGGCCAACUCCAUUGAACUGCUGCACUUCAUCCAACACGAAGUCCCUCAGCUGCUGCCCUGGAGGCAAGACCAGGAGGACCAAGGUGUGUUAGAUGCUGAGAUGUCGUCCACUCGAACAGCCUGUGAGGAAGCCAUGACGGUCCUGGAGGAAGUCAUCAUGUUCACCUUCCAGCAGUCGGUCUACUACCUGACCAAGAGUAUGUACUCGGCGUUGCCUGGGCUCCUGGAUGGAAACCCGUUCUCAGAGAGCGGUCAGCUGCGAAUCCCUGAUGGGCUCAGCGGGAUCCUGGAGGUCCUGAAGGAGGCGCUGAAGCUCCUCACGGCCUUCCAUGUGCAUCCAGACAUCUCCCUACAGCUCUGCGCCUACCUCUUCUUCUUCAUCAAUGCUUCGCUGUUCAACACUCUCAUGGAGAGAGGUUCUGUGGGUGGGUUCUACCAGUGGUCCCGCGGCGUGCAGAUCCGGGCCAACCUGGACCUGCUGAUGGACUGGAUCCAGAGCAUCGGUCUGGGUGACGUGGCCGCCGAAUUCUUCCAGAAGCUCUCAGCCGCUGUCAAUCUGCUGGCGACGCCCAAAGAAACCCUUCUGCAGGCAUCCUGGUCGGCUCUCAGGUCUGAGUUCUCGGCGCUGAAUCCGGCUCAGCUUCACCACAUGCUGAGGGAGUACAGCGCCGGUAAAACCUGUCCCGGAGGAUGGAGCCCAUCGGUGGACGACACUGACGACGCCCUCCGGACAGCCGACAUCCUGGAGAGCUUCGACAAUCACCCGCCGCUCAUCCUUCCCAGCAGCACCUUCCACCUGGAGCUGGGGAAGGCCGUGGUGGAGCCCGCCCUGUUCGAGCAGCUGGCCCGGCUACAGGACUUCAUACGGCAGCUCCCCUGCACCGAGCAUCGGCCUGAACCUGAUCCGGUGGACCAGACUCUCGAAGGAACGACCGCAGACAGCCAGUCUACGACCUUGGCCUUGCAGGAUCCGACCCAUCAGGGGGUCCCGGGUCCGGAUCCCUGUCCCUCCCCAGAACAGGAUUCGACCUGCCCCUCCGAGCCGUCCCUGGCCCGGGGGACUCAUGGUGACCUGAGCAGCUGCGAGGCGGUUCUGACCCAGAAGCUGAAGAGUCUGGAGCUGCAGAACGCCCUCCCAGGCCAGGCUGAUCUGGUCUACCACAAAAGCCUGGCCCUGGACCCGUCCUGUCUCCUCACCCCCCCCAACACCCCCCAGGGCAUGGAGCUGGCGGAGCUGGCGGAGCUGGAGGCGGAUCUGCAGGAGGGCACUCGGCAGCAGAAGAGAGCUAACGGAUGUGCUGAGAUGAAGACGGAGAACGUGGAGGGAAGAGACGAGGAAGAGGAGGUGUUCACGGUGGAGCUCCAACGAGGUCCUCAUGGUCUGGGCCUGGCCCUCGUCGACGGGAUGAAAACUCCUCUGAGAAUGAGUGGGAUUUAUGUGAAGUCGGUGGUUCCAGACUCUCCAGCUGCUCAUUGUCAGAAACUGCGAACGGGCGACCGGAUCCUGGCGGUGAAUGGUGUCAGCCUGGUCGGUAUGGAGUACAACAUUGGGAGGGAACUGAUCCGAUCGUCUGGAGACUCGCUCAGACUCCUGGUGGCGAAAAUCGACUCCAAAACCACCCACAGGGCCUCGGCGACCACCAAGUGCUGAUGGGAGGAGAGGGCGCCGGAUGGUUACGAUGUGCAAUCGGAAACGCCGAAGGACGAGGGGUCCCGUGGCAUCGAAGUCAGUAUUUGUCACGGGGUGGAUUCCAGGCCAAAGACGAACUCGACUGUUCAGAGCAUCGAGACGAUCAGACAAAGCUGCGCUGGUUUCGCCGCCGUGAACGCCACCUCCAACCAAAGUUAGACUGUGGGUGUCGGACGCUGUCGGUUCCAAACCCAUAAACCACAGGACUGGACUGGACCGGACCGGACCGAGUGGAGCUGAACGUCUGCAAAAUGGAGUUGGAUCAACGCGCUUCUUCACGUCUGGAUUCAACUGGAACUAUUUUUACAUUUAUUUUUAAAUCGUUACUUUAGGGAUAUUUUAGAAACUGUGAAACGCUGCAGAAACAUGUAGUCUGGUAGAGAUUCACCAUGUCUGAAAAUACAGGUUCAUACAUUUCCUAUAAAAAAAUCUCCAUGUUGAUAUUUAAUUUGUCUCGGUUAAAGAUGCUGACGAGAAAUAUUUUAAAGAUUCCUGAUUAUUUACAAAGACGCGCAGUGAUUCAAAUCCACACAAACGACACUGAUCUGAUACUGAAACAAAAUACAACUACUUUAUGGAACAACAUUCACUCAAAUAACGUCUCAGAGAUUUUGAGUUUAUGCUUUUUACGUCUUAAGGUGUCUCAUUCCAGCACAUUUACCUUUUCCUUUUACAUUUUAACUACUUCAAACAUAAACUAUAUGGCCAAAAGUAUUGGGACACGUCAUGUCUACAGCUGUAAGAUGUCCUGUUCAUGUUGAUUUCAGAUAAAAACAUCAAUAUUUCCUUAAAGUUUAAUGGGAGAUUUUUCUUCUUAAGUGAAAAGUGAAGAAAGUAGAUGUUUAGGUGUGGUAGAAAAUGUUUAUUUAUAGUCCGAGUAUAAAAAAUAUUAUAGAAAUAUUAGAAAAUAUCUGCAGAAUAAAUGCAGAAGAGGGUGACAGUUGAAUUUAAACAAAAAUUAAUUUGGAAGUCACUACAAAAAUAGUUUUUAAAUACACUCAGAGGUUGUUGAACUCCUCAAUCUUUAAAAGUCUCAUAAUAUUUUUCUCAGAUCAUAUAAAACAACAUAAAACAGUUUCAUCUUGUGUUGUAUUUCCCAACAAAACAGACAUAAAAACAGGUGAUUUCAGUGAAGCCAGUGUAAACCCACCGUUCAGAGCCAGACUCUCAUCUUCAGAUCAGUCAAUACAACAAAUAAACUGUUCUUUUCUGCUGGUUUCAUGGUGGUUUUGUUCUAACCAACGCCUGUUAACGGUGGUUCAUACAUGGGAUUAUUAUCCUAUGAGUCUGCUUUGUUUGGAGGUAAAUACUGCCUAAUAUGCCUUUAAUAUUUACACUCAAAAUCUCUGUGACGUUAUUAGCACAUUCCUAAAGCCUUAAACCCUUUAAUGCUCUUUAAAUAAACCCAGGAAUAUAAGAGCUGAUUUCCUUUUGGUUAAAGGAAACCAGUACAGUAAUCAGUACCAGUAAUCAGUACAAACACAGAUUCACAUACACUGUAAUAAUAAUAAUAAUAAUACGACACAGUAUUUAUGGUUAUAGCCAGUGGUUUUGGCCCAAAUUCAAAACCACAUUCAAUUUUUUCUGCUCAUUUUGAGUCUGUAUUUUCAUUCCUGUAAACCACGGGUGUAAAACUCAUUUUAGUUCAGGGGCCACAUCCAGCCCAAUGUGAGCUCAAGUGGGCCGGACCAGUGAAAUGAUAGGCAUUAAAACCUAUAAACAGUAAUCCCAAUUUUUUUCUUUGUUUUAGUGUGAAAAA